AUGCCAUACUCCCAGUUAAAGUUAAACAGAAGGGCUGUAACAAUUCAGUUGUCGCACGCGCGUUUUACGAUAAUGGUAGUGGCGGCUGUUUUGCAAACCGAAAAUAUCAGGAGACAGUUAGGAAUAGACGGUGUCAAGGUUAUGCUACAACUCACCACCAUGCAUGGACAGAGUCAAGUGGAAAGCAUCAUUCUGGACGAUCUUAUCGUUACGAGCCUAGAUGAUGAGAAUCCCAUUGAGUUGCCUCGCUCAUACACAAGAGAUGAAAUCCCAGCAGAACAUCACCAAAUUCCCACGCCCAGUCUCAUAAAUCAGUGGUCACACCUUUCCGAGGUUGCGAAGAAAAUCCCUGAGCUUGAGCCUCGCCUGGAGAUUGGACUACUCAUUGGCAGCAAUUGCCCGCCUGCCUUAGAACCAUUAGAAGUUGUACCUUGUCGGCGAUGGCCCAUUUGCCCUCCGUCUCCGCCAUGGUUGGACAGUCUGUGGACCUCUCCAUAUCCGAACUGA